AUGAGUGAAUAAGAUCAUGAUGAAUAUUAUGAUGAGCAAGAAGGAGAUUAAGAAGGUGAUAUGGAAGGUGAUGACUAAGAAUUUGAUUUUGAAAAUAUGACACCAGAAUAGUAAUAAUAAUUUUUGGCAAUGCAUGGUAACAAACAGUUAUCCAUAUUAAUAUAGGAUAAUAUAAUUAAGGAGAGGAAGAAGAUGAAGAAGAAGGAGGUGAUGAAGAAGUUGAUGAUUAAGAAUAAGACUAAAGGUAGAUGAAUCAAGGAAUGGGAAGUUCAUCUUAAUUUUAAUAAGAUAAUGCUGAAGAAUCAAAACAUAGUCCAGGAAGAAGAGAAUAAAAUGAUGAAUAUGAUCCAGAUGAGAUCUUAAGAAAAGUUAAAAGGGAUUUAUUAGAAAAUGUAAAUAGAAUAAGAAGGGAAAAGAAACUGAAUCCAUUAUAUAUAGAAUUAAUGCCUGCAAUUGUAGCAGAAAGAUAUGCUUCUCAUUUACUUGAUAAUGAUCAUAGUGAUGCUGAAUUUAAGAAAUUGUAAUAUUAAAAUAAUUAAUUUUGAAUAGAAUCGAAUUUUAUAAGUAUAAUGAAAAAAAAUUAGAUGAUCUUAAAUUGAUUUAUAUUGUAUCCAAAUUUGAAGAAGAUACUAUACCUGAUGCAUAAGUUAUUUAUGAUUAUUUUAUGGAAAUGGGUUAUCUAUUUUUUGAAGUUGAAGAUGAUAGAAAAAUAUUGUUAUCUAAUGAAAUGAAUCAUAUCUCCAUUGGUGUGUCAUGUGAUGAUAAUUAAGUUGCUAUUGUAUAUAUUGUAAGUCAUAAAGACUUAUGUGUUACUAAAAUUGAAGAUAGUAAUGAUGGAUGCAUUUUAGUUCAUGGAAAGAUGCUUGAAGAUUUAGUAGGUGUAUAUGCUUUAUAAAUAUUACCUUUUUCUAGUGAUUCUGGUAAAGUACCUGAUAAAAAUGAAAAUAAUAAAAUAGGACCUGAACAUAUUGAAUUUGAUAGAUAAACUAAAUGUUUUGUUGCUAAAAUUGGAAAUCAGGGAUAGCCAUGCACAUAUGAUAUCAGAUAAUACAUUGAUUUAUAUACUAGAAAUACACCAGAAUCCAUUCCUUAUAAAAAAAGCACAAGAGAAAAAUUAAACUUAAAACAUAUUGAAUUAAAACUGAGAAUACCAGUGAUCUUCUACCCUGAUCCAAGAUAUGCUCAUGAAGAAUAAGAGGCAUUAUAAUCUCAUUAAUAAGAAGAAUAGGCCUAAUAAGCUUUAUAAGAAUCUCCUAUUUAAUAAUUAGAUGAUUAAAAUAGUGAAGAUUAAAAUAAAGAUAAUUUAUCAUAAGAUGAAAAUCAAAAAUAAAAGGAAGAUGAAUUUAUUCAUAAAUUUUAAAUGCCAAAAGAAUAAUAAUUAUCUAAUAAAGAUAUUAAAGAAGAAUUAGAAAUUGCUAUUGCAGAAGCAUAAAGAUAACAUGAUGAACUUUAUGAUCAUAAUGUUAAUUUAUAAUCAAAAAUUAAAUAAAUAAGAAAUAAAUAAGAAGUUUAUGCUGAUAAAACUGGAGAAAUGACAAUGAAUGAACAUAAAUAUUUAAAUACAUUAGCUCAUGUACAUUAAAUUAGAUUAGAUCUCUAAUAAACUUAAGAUAGAUAUAAUUAAAUGGCAUAAGAAUUAUAAUCAAAAUUAGAUGAAAAAUCAAAAAAAUGUAAUGAAAUUAGAUAAGCAUUUAUGGAUUUGAAAAGAGAAGUUGCACGUAAGGCUGCUUAUUCUAGAACAGAUAAACCUAUUCCUGAAUCUAGAAUAUCAGAAUGGGAAGAAUAAGAAUCAGCUAAAAAUAAAACUUUAUAAGAAUUAAGACUUGAUACAUUAAGAUUGAAAAAUACUUUAGCAAAAAAUUAAAAGUAAUUAAAAAAGAAAGAAGAAUUAGCAGAAGGUUUACAUUUAAUUGAUUUUGAAUAAUUAAAAAUUGAAAAUNAGAAGAUACUAUACCUGAUGCAUAAGUUAUUUAUGAUUAUUUUAUGGAAAUGGGUUAUCUAUUUUUUGAAGUUGAAGAUGAUAGAAAAAUAUUGUUAUCUAAUGAAAUGAAUCAUAUCUCCAUUGGUGUGUCAUGUGAUGAUAAUUAAGUUGCUAUUGUAUAUAUUGUAAGUCAUAAAGACUUAUGUGUUACUAAAAUUGAAGAUAGUAAUGAUGGAUGCAUUUUAGUUCAUGGAAAGAUGCUUGAAGAUUUAGUAGGUGUAUAUGCUUUAUAAAUAUUACCUUUUUCUAGUGAUUCUGGUAAAGUACCUGAUAAAAAUGAAAAUAAUAAAAUAGGACCUGAACAUAUUGAAUUUGAUAGAUAAACUAAAUGUUUUGUUGCUAAAAUUGGAAAUCAGGGAUAGCCAUGCACAUAUGAUAUCAGAUAAUACAUUGAUUUAUAUACUAGAAAUACACCAGAAUCCAUUCCUUAUAAAAAAAGCACAAGAGAAAAAUUAAACUUAAAACAUAUUGAAUUAAAACUGAGAAUACCAGUGAUCUUCUACCCUGAUCCAAGAUAUGCUCAUGAAGAAUAAGAGGCAUUAUAAUCUCAUUAAUAAGAAGAAUAGGCCUAAUAAGCUUUAUAAGAAUCUCCUAUUUAAUAAUUAGAUGAUUAAAAUAGUGAAGAUUAAAAUAAAGAUAAUUUAUCUUAAGAUGAAAAUCAAAAAUAAAAGGAAGAUGAAUUUAUUCAUAAAUUUUAAAUGCCAAAAGAAUAAUAAUUAUCUAAUAAAGAUAUUAAAGAAGAAUUAGAAAUUGCUAUUGCAGAAGCAUAAAGAUAACAUGAUGAACUUUAUGAUCAUAAUGUUAAUUUAUAAUCAAAAAUUAAAUAAAUAAGAAAUAAAUAAGAAGUUUAUGCUGAUAAAACUGGAGAAAUGACAAUGAAUGAACAUAAAUAUUUAAAUACAUUAGCUCAUGUACAUUAAAUUAGAUUAGAUCUCUAAUAAACUUAAGAUAGAUAUAAUUAAAUGGCAUAAGAAUUAUAAUCAAAAUUAGAUGAAAAAUCAAAAAAAUGUAAUGAAAUUAGAUAAGCAUUUAUGGAUUUGAAAAGAGAAGUUGCACGUAAGGCUGCUUAUUCUAGAACAGAUAAACCUAUUCCUGAAUCUAGAAUAUCAGAAUGGGAAGAAUAAGAAUCAGCUAAAAAUAAAACUUUAUAAGAAUUAAGACUUGAUACAUUAAGAUUAAAAAAUACUUUAGCAAAAAAUUAAAAGUAAUUAAAAAAGAAAGAAGAAUUAGCAGAAGGUUUACAUUUAAUUGAUUUUGAAUAAUUAAAGAUUGAAAAUCAAACAUUGAAUGAAAAGAUUGAAGAAAGAAAUGAAGAUCUACAUAAAUUAAAGAAUAAAAAUACUAAGACAGUUUAAAUGUUAACACAUACUAGAGAGAAAUUAGGUUAUGUUAAAGCAAAAUUUUAAGAUUAAGAAAAGAUUAAUUGUAAUAUAAUAUAUGAUUUUAUUUUAGAAAAAAAAAAGGAUGAUUUAGAGGGAUUACGUAAAAACUUAGGAGAAUAAAAAGAAUCUAAAGAUAAAUUAAGAACUGAAAAUCUUAAAUUAAAAUAAUAGACAGGGUAUUUAUAAAUAAUUAAAAUAGUAUUGUGAAUCGUCCUGAAUUGAUAUAAGAUUAUAGUAAUAGAAAAAAAAAUAUUGAUUAAUUAAAAAUUGAAUUAGAGUAAUUAGAGGUAUUACUUAUAUGUUUAUAUAAUAUUUUAGCAAAAAUUAAAACAUAUGUAGAAGGUUAUUGAUGAAUAUUAAAAUCAUCUUAAGAAAAAGGAAUAAGAAUAGUAGAAUAAGCAAAAAGUUAGACUUAUUUGA